AUGGGGAGCUGCUGCAGUUGUCUGUGCAGAGACAGCAUCCCAGACAACCAUCCCACCAAAUUCAAGGUAACGAACGUGGACGAUGAAGGUAACGAGCUGGGAUCUGGGAUUAUGGAGCUGACACAGACGGAGCUCAUCUUGCACACUCACAAGCGAGAUGCUGUCAGGUGGCCCUACCUCUGCCUGCGCCGCUACGGCUACGACUCCAACCUCUUCUCCUUCGAGAGCGGCCGGCGCUGCCAGACGGGGCAGGGGAUUUUUGCCUUUAAGUGUUCCAGAGCCGAGGAGAUCUUUAACCUGCUCCAGGACCUGAUGCAGUGUAACAGUAUCAACGUAGUGGAAGAGCCUGUUGUCAUCACCAGGAACAGUCACCCCACGGAGCGGGAGCUCUCCCGGACCCCCCAGGCACCCAACAGUCUGGGGUACACCGUCCCAGGAUUUCCCAAUGGAUUUCACAGCUACCCUGGAGAAACCCUACCAUACUCUGCAGCCCACCACCCCUCUGUGAGCAGCCUGAGGCAUUCCUCUGUGGGUGAAGACUCUACCCAUGCCCUUAUUGGGCCUGAUGAGCAGUCCCACACCUACGUCAACACGGCCAAUGGUGAUCAGGAGCUGAGGGGCCGACACUGUAUGCACUCCUUGCCUGAAGUCCACCCUCCUUUCCCCCAUAGGAACCACAGCUGCUCCCUCGAAGACCGCAAUCCCCAGGUCUUUCUGCAGCCAGGGGAGGUUAAGUUCGUGUUAGGUCCCACAUCCAACUGCAGACGCGCCUGUCGGCACCACCGGGAGUGCAGGACCCACUUCUGCCCCCCCAACAACAACAACAACGAGUGUGAGGAGGAGUGUCCUUCACCCCAGUGCGUCUACGAGAACGUCAAUGGCCUGCUGCCCCCCAGCACCUCCUCUCUCUGCCGAGGCGGGCGCUUGAAGCUGCCCCGGGAGGACUCGGCCUUACCCGGCUGCUCCCAUCGCAGGACGGCGUUGCUGCACUAUGAGAACUUGCCAUCACUGCCCCCGGUGUGGGAAUGCCAACCCCUCCCGCGGGGCGAGGAGGACACGGUGGAGCUGGAGGCUGAGCCGCACAAGGGCCAUCAGAAGCCCCCGGCCCCCCGUGCCCCAGCUCCUGCCACCCCUGACGCCCGCCGGACGGACUCCUACGCGGUCAUCGACCUAAAAAAGACAGCAGCCAUGUCCAGUUUGCAAAGGGCCCUGCCCAGGGAUGAUGGGACUUCACGGAAAACUCGGCAUAACAGCACUGACCUGCCCCUGUGA